UUACUUUCAGUUUUGUUUCUUAGGAAAUGAAACGGUGACUUGUGUUUUCGACAUCGUCGUCGAGUGCUGCCGUGGAGUGUUAACGCAGAAUGGACCAAAGGCAGGACACAGGCAUAGACUUAAUAUAGAUGGACACAGCUCUGUUUAGGAACCAUGGACAGUAAAUUUGAUAUUCCUCUUCGUGGACCUUCGGUCAACAUUGUGAGACGAUGUGGAUCUGCUCUGAGUGAUGUCCUUCAAAGCAAAUUUGGAUGUGUUGCCACCAUCGAUGGUGUUGAUUUUGAAAGAGGUCUGAGCACUGUGCAGCAGAGAGGGCCAUCCGUUGUCCCAGAGAAAAGGUUUGCUGUUACGCUACAUGGAGGUGUUCAGGUGUCUGUGUGGAAGGCCGAUCUCACCAAUUUCCAGGCGGAUGCAGUUGUGAAUGCUGCUAAUGACCAGCUUCAUCAUUAUGGUGGCCUUGCUCUAGCUCUGUCCAUGGCUGGGGGUCCACAAAUCCAAAGAGACAGCGAUGAUUACAUCAGCAAGUACGGUGGCUUGAAAACAGGAGAUGCAAUUGUCUGUGAUGCUGGGUCCCUACCAUGCAAGAAGAUAAUCCAUGCUGUGGGCCCAUAUGUAUCAAAAUAUCCCUUGAAGUCAGAUGUUUCGGCGGCUAAACAGCUGUUGGAGAGGGCCAUCAUGAGCAUUCUUGACAGAGUUAAGGAAAACCGUCUGCAGUCUGUUGCCAUUCCAGCUAUAAGCUCCGGUCUGUUCAACUACCCCCUGCCAGACUGUGCAAAAGCCAUAGUGACAACGGUGAAACACUACUAUGAAAGCUCUGGCUCUUCAGGACAUCUUCCUAAAGAGAUCUUCCUUGUGAACAAUGACGAGCCUACGGUCAAAGAAAUGAAUAGGGCCUGCCUUCAGUUAUUAACCAACCGCAGAACCAGAGGUGAUGCCAAAACCUCAACACCGACUGUCCAGUUAGGAAAUGUCCAUCUGACACUGAAGAGGGGCAAAAUUGAGGAACAGCAUACAGAUGUCAUCGUAAACACUGCAUCACCACAGCGAGACUUGAACAUUGGUGAAAUCUCCAGAGCUUUAUUGCAGAGAGCUGGUCCUGGAAUGCAACAAGAAAUAUAUAAUGUCCCUCAGACUGGACAUGUGAUUGUCACAAACCCCUACAAGCUGCAGUGUAAACAGGUGUAUCAUACUUUUUGCACUGAAAAGUGGAAAGACCCAGCACAGCAAAGAGUGGCGCAGCAGAUUCUUUUCAAGUCGGUAUCAGAAUGCUUAUGGUUGGCGGCCGCAAAACACAAGUCAAUCGCCUUUCCUGCCAUCGGCACCGGAGCCCUCGGGUUCGAUAAAAAAGAAGUUGCCCAGAUCAUGUCAAAUGCAGUGGCCGACUUCGCCCAAAACGCCCCACAGAAGUUUGAAGUUCACUUUGUCAUAUUUCCUUCUGACAACGACACAUUCAAGGCUUUUGAGGAACAAUUCAGAUAUCUCCAGCAAAAAGCGUCUGAUCCCAACUUUACACAUGCAGUGGACGUAAUGAUGUCUUCCCAGCCAGCAUUUGAGCACAGAGAUGACUUCCAAGGCGACAGAGCUCUCACUCCACAGAUCAGCUUGAUCGGCCCCUCUGAUGAAACCACACGUGAGGCUGAGCGAUGGCUCAGUGGCCUUCUCUUCCAAACCUUGGACACUGUUGCUAUCCGCAACAACUUCAUCCAGCACUUUGGCGAGAAAGAACAUCUGCAACUGUCCCGUCUCAUCAAAGGAGGAGUUUCCAUUGAGGAGUCCUUUGAGAACGGUCGUGCUGGCAUAACUGUAAAGGGGAAUUCAACUGAAGAUGUCGUAGUCGCUGGGUUGCAGGUGGAGGCCAUGCUCUGCAACAUCCAGAAGGAGUUUGUCACAGAGGAAGAACGUGCCAUGCUUUGUGCUGUGUUGCCCGAGGAUGUGUCCUUUGAAAGAAAGACAGUUGACCGCUCGAGCCCAGAGUUCUCAGAGAGAUCAUCCGCAUUCAAAAAGCACGGGCUCCUGCGUAUAUUGAAGUUGGACAAAGUGGAGAACCCUGCACUGAACGUGCUCUUUGCCCAAAAGAAAAAUCAGCUCUGCUGUUUCACGCCACAAACGAUGUUUCAACGCAUACCUGCGCAGUUCUGUGAGAUGGUCAGCCACAUUGGAUUCCAUGCAGAGUACGCACCACCUGAUGAGCCAAAAUAUGGAGAGGGCAUCUACUUUGCCGGCACAGUGGAGAAGGCCAUGGAAGUGUGGAAGGGGCAAAAGGAGGAGUAUCUGCACUUUGUGGAGGCCAAGGUGCUGACAGGAAACGCCACCUCUGGUAAACCAGGUCUCAUUCUGCCACCUGCUGUGGGGACAGAUCCACCAAUCCUGUACGACAGCGUGAGCGGAGAACGUGAUAUCUCGGUCAUAUUUAGUGGUUAUCAAGCUCUGCCCACAUACAUUAUCACAUGUAAGGUAGUCUGAAGAGUGGUUUCUUCACGGUUUGCUCUGGGUUUAUCGUGUUGUAUGGAACAAAUACAAGUGUAGCAAUGCUUACCCUACUAGAGGAAACUGGACAACAGGAAGAUAGAUUCUUCUGAAAACAAGCUGAUGUGCAUUCUUGAUUCAUGUAAUUGCUAUUAGAAUACAAUUUUUAUUUUGCAUUACUCCUUAAAAUCAUAUAAUGGAGGCCAUUACUACAAUAUUAGCUUAUAUUUGACAAAGAUGUCAUUCGUUUUGAUUAUCUUAUUUCUUUCAUUACUUGUUUCUUUUUGGGUGACUAAAUUAAACUUAUAGCAACAAUAGCAUACUUUUACCACUGGAUGAGUACUUUUUUUUUAGUGGCACCAAAUGAUACCAUAUAUGCAAACAUUGUAUACAGUGAUAGACAUAAAACUGAUUUUAUUUUGUUUAGAGGACAACUAAUAUAACCCUUCAUAUAACGGGCAAACGUGAAAAGCUUUGGCUACAAGAACCUGAUUGUAAAAUAAUUGUAAAUUGUUCAUAAAGCUAUCAAACACAACAUGGAAAUUGUGAUGGAGCCCAUGGGGGCAGCUGGUUGUCUGAUGCAGAUAUCAAAAUUAAAGAAUGUUAAACCAAAAA